UUAGUUUUCUAUUGUUCAUUGUUUCUACGAAUGUACAGCUAAAAAUAGUUAACACCCCACCCACGGCUGUAAGUCUAUUCGUUGCUCCUUUGUUACUUCAACAGACACUACAAUUAAAAUAAUUACUAUGUAACCUGCAGCGUUGAAAGCAUAAAUUAUAACUUACAUUUUCUAUGCGUAUGAGAAGGUAUCAGUUGCAACUUUCAACCCUUCGUUUGUGUCUUAAAUAUAACUGUAGUUAUAAAUUCAUGAUUUUCCGCGACUGCAAGAUACCAGACGCCUUGCUAUCUAGUACAUCGAUAAUAAGUAGCAACUUGCCCCCACGCACUUCGUGUUUCAUUAGCCAGUUUAUUAUCAGUAUGAAACGAACAGCCAGUAAAGAAGGACUUGGAAGGAAAGGGUUCAGUGUAACACCAGAAACGGCUGUUUCCUUUACAAGACUUACUGUCUACCUUACGUGCAUUUGGUCUCCAUCUACAUCAUCGACUAAAUUAACUUUCAUACUUUUCGAGAUAUUUCUCUGGUUUUCAAUUUUUCUUUCUCUAGGACUUUUAUUUCCGCUCAUUGUUUCUAUCAUUAAAUUUAUUGAUGACACAUUCGUGGUAAUGAAAUCAUUUAUUCUGAUAUCAGGAAUUGUUAACUUCGUUAUAAAAGUUAUUGUCUGCAGGAUUUACCGUCAGGAAUUACAGGAACUGGGAACGUCUUUGAAUAAUUUUGUGAGAAAUUCAAAUGAAAAUGAAAGAUUUUACUUACAAAAAUACGUCGACAAAUGUUGGAAGUUCCAUGGAUACAUGACUUGCAGCUAUUAUUUGACUACAAGCGCAGUUUUAAUGGGACCCCUGAUACUGCCGGAAAAAUUUCCCAGUGAUGCUGUGUAUCCCUUUCCGGUAGAUCAUCCGGUUGUUGCGACAAUUGUCUACUUGCAUCAGUGCAUUGUCGGGUACCAGUGCGCAGCUGGGAUGGCCUUAGACUGUCAGGCUGCAUUAUUUCUCUGGUACCUGAGCGCCAGAUUCGAAAUUCUUAUUUCAGAAACUGUAAAUAUUGCAAGUCAUAAAGAAAUUCAAGAUUUCAUUAAAACACAUCAGGAUAUAUUGAAAUUUGGAAAACAAGUAAUUCGGCCGAUUCGGUUGAUUGUACUGACAACUGUCACAAUGACGAAAGUCGGAAUGAUUUUUGGUGCCAUUGUUCUCAUAUCGGAUGAACCGAUUACUGUUAAAGUGCAAUUCGCUAUACUGGUAGUCAGUGCAACAGUAAAUAUUUACGUUUGUACUUGGGCUGCCGAUAACUUACUGACUGUUUCGAGUUCUACCAUCUCAAAUGAAAUAUUCCACGCAUCUGCGAUCCAUCCACCAGCAAUGAAAAAACUUUGGCUGACAGUAAUCCACAGAACACUGAAGCCAAUAACGAUUGACGUGCCAGGCUUUCUGGAGACCCUAUCAAAUGAAUUCUACUCAAAUUUUCUUUCCACAGCGUUUUCAUAUUUCGCAGCGAUGCAUGCUGUAGUUAAUUCAUAGACUCCCCAAUAAAAUAUUCCACUUAACGUCUUUUUCUAUAAUGACCAGCAAUUAUAAAACUACUUACGUAUUCCUUUGAUAUA